AUGCUCCGCCGCAUCCGUCCACUUGCUGAGCGCCCCAACCUGAGCCUGGAGCUUCUGGACGCGACUUGGAUGGACGACCUCUCUCUGCUCCUCACAGCCCCCAAUGCCCAGGCACUUGAGACCAGGGCCAGAGAGGGCGCCAGCUGCCUCAUAGAUGCGUGCUUGUCGCAUGCGCUCUUGCCAAACCUCAGCCGAGGGAAGACCGAGGCAUUGCUGUCUUUCCGUGCCGCGGGUACGAAGGAAAUCAAGCAUCGCGUCUAUCAUGAGCAGCAGGGGGCACUGACUUUGAAUUGUGCAUUGUGGCCCGAUGCCACCCUCCGAGCCACACCCGCUUACAAACAUCUUGGCGGCAUUUUACAUCACGGAGGCAAGCUUGAACGGGAGGUCCGCUUCAGGACCGCCCAGGCUUGGUCCUCGUUUAAUUCGAGGAAGCGCCAUGUGUUUGCUUCACCUCUAGUUCCGUGGGAGCAGAAGAUGGUCCUCUUUGACACUUUGGUUGCGACAGUUUUGUUUUACGGUUCCGGCACUUGGACGAAUGUUUCGGAGAGACUAGCGACGCCGGAAAUCUGGGCACUGGCGCACUUUGAGCAGGACUGGCUGCAGUAUGUGCGCGACUCCAUUCAGUGGCUCUGGACGCUCGUUGAUGGUGGCCAGCAACACAGCACCCACGACGAGGCCUGGGAACAUUGGAGCGCCGAAGCUCUUACCAGUCCGGGCAAGUGGAAGGGUCAGGGUAACCGUAAGGCCACAGAUGAUGGACUAUGUCUGGAGCCAGUCACGCAGGCUGAGGGGCCUCUCGCCCUAAGUUGGGACUGUUACAUCGAGGAUGAGGCACAGAGGCCCUCUGCUGAGGUCCUUUCCUGUCUCGGACAUAUCGACUUCGACGUCCCCAUCACACAGCUCCCAACCGAGGAACUCUGGUCACGCCUCCGGACCUCCUUUUCUUGCGUAUGUCUCCAGGGCACCAGGUUUAGAGCAACGGCCGAGGCAUGGCAUGCCCAGAUUAUCCUUCGCAGUCGUGCGGACCCGGACCAUGACUAUGAGUCGGUCCUAGAGGCUGGCAAGUGGCUAUGCCAGGCAGACUAUGCGGAUUGGUUAGUCCCCACGGACAGUGGCAAACGAGCCCCCGCUGAUACCUUUCGACAGGGCCACCUUCUCCUUCAGCUCCUUGAAUUUGGGAGCUUCCGAUUUACCACGCCAAGGCCUUGGGACAGGGACAUGAUUCUGAUUCAGAUUGGGGAUUCUGUCCCAGGACUCACCGAUCAGGUCCCCACCCAAGGUAUACUCACGUAUACACAUCAGAACCUCUUACAGGAUGUUGCUGCGGGCCGGUCUGUUGAUCUCCUUCAGGAUGUUGAUCCGGACUCUGCCUAUUGUAUCUCCACCAUAGGGCCAUAG